UUGUUUUUAAGAUCAAUACACAUAUUUAUCGGCGCUACGUCUGUCUAUCCUUUUGCAUUUCAAGCAAAAUGAAAAACCCCAUUACUUGGGCGGCCUUGGCCUUGAGCUUGCUGUCAAGUUCUGUAACUGCUCAAGACCUGGUUAAUGUUACCAUUCCCAGCGGCACCAUCGUCGGUGAAUCGAUUCAGGACAUUGAUGUGUUCAACGGCAUCCCUUUUGCUGAUCCGCCGACGGGCCAGUUGCGCCUCAGGCCGCCGAGAAGGCUCUCUACUCACCUCGGGAUCUUUGAUGCUACGGGCGUUGCCAAGCUGUGUCCCCAGGGACCCAUCUUCAGCUUGUCCUCGACCAGUCCUCAGGUGGCUGCCAUCGCAGCGGGAGCUGUGAGCGACUCCUUUGGCAUCCCCACGGCUGAAGAUGCCCAAUCUGAGGAUUGCCUGACCGUCACUAUACAUCGGCCCAAGGGCACCAAAGAAGGCGACAACCUCCCCGUGCUCUUCUACAUAUUCGGAGGAGGCUUCAUGAUUGGAGGCACAUCGGCGGCAGUCAAUGAACCCACCAAGCUCGUCCAGACUGGCAUCGAUCUUGGCCAGCCCUUCAUCUUUGCGGCUGUCAACUAUCGGGUUGCCGGCUGGGGGUUCAUGCCUGGAGCUGAAAUCUUGCGUGAAGGAAGCGCCAACGCUGGCCUUCUAGAUCAGCGCAUGGGUCUUGAAUGGGUGGCUGACAACAUUGCUGCCUUUGGUGGCGAUCCCUCCAAGGUGACCAUCUGGGGACAAUCUGCUGGCUCAAUCUCCGUGUUCGACCAGCUGAUUCUACAUGAUGGCAAUGCCACCUACAAGGGCAAGCCUCUCUUCCGCGCUGCCAUUAUGAACUCGGGAUCUGUCACUCCCGUCGAUCGCGUGGAUUCAGCCAAGGGGCAGGAGCUGUACAACCACGUCGUGAAGCAGGCUAACUGCGAGGGCCCCAAUUCUCUGGCAUGUCUCCGUGGCCUGUCGAACCAAGAGUUUGCUGCGGCGGCCAACUCAGUUCCCGGUCUGAUAUCGUACGAGUCUCUGGCUCUGUCGUACCUCCCAAGGCCAGAUGGCACGGCCCUGACGGAGAGUCCUCAUAUCCUGGCGCGGGAGGGCAAGUUCCAUGCCGUGCCGAUGAUUUUUGGCUCGCAGGAAGACGAAGGAACCUUGUUUAGCCUGUUACAGAAAGAUAUGGGGUCGACAGAUAAAAUCACCGACUACCUUUCAUCUCUCUACUUCCACAAUGCCGACCGAGAUCUGGUCAAGGCUUUUGUGAGCACUUACAGCGAGAAGCUUGAAGACGGAAGCCCGUAUCGUACAGGUACAAACGAGGGCUUGCUCCCCUACCCAGGCAGAAAGAGAAUCGCCUCUAUUCUCGGCGACAUCGUCUUUACCUUGAUACGUCGCUGGACGCUGGAAACCAUAUCAGUCCGUCCAGGCCUGUCUCUUUGGUCGUCGUUUGCAUCCUACGACUAUUUAUUGAACUUCCUUGGGACCAAACACGGAUCAGACACGGGUGUCUUUUUCAGCAAGAACAACACUUACUUUCCCUCGCUUUCCGGCCGAACGUAUUACAUCAACUUUGUGUAUAAUAUGGAUCCCAAUGAGGGACUUGCUGUAAAUGUCACUUGGCCAAAGUGGACAGAGGACAAGCAGCUUCUGUGGUAUAAUCUGUUGGGGAACACCCUUCGAAAGGAUGAUUUCCGGAGCAACAGCUCUGAUUUCAUCAGAGAACAUAUUGACUCACUGACCGCUUAGAGCAUCAUAUGGCACUACUAUUAUAUAGGUAGUUUAAUAAACUAAAUAUUAAAUCCCUAUAGGU